UAUGGGCGACGCUUCUUUCCCGAUACCUUUGAGGGCGACCGAGAGCACAAGACCCUUCUGUUUAACGUUUUUGUCUAUGGCACCCUCUUUCACAUGUUCAAUGCUCGCAAGCUUUACAGGGAGCUUAAUCCAUUUGAGGGAUUGCAGCGGUCAAAACUAUUCAUAUUUAUUUUGGCGUUUUGUGUGAUCUUCCAGGCGGUGGCAGUGUCGACCUUUGGAGAGCUAAUGAAGGUACGGCGACUGUCUGCUGCGGAGUGGGGGUGCAGUCUUGCCAUUGCUGUGAUCACCCUACCUGUGGGAAUUCUAAGCCGAUUGGUGUAUGUGCCGGAGCCUGUGUUCCCCCGCUCCCGGGAUAAAGACAUUGAUCAUGAAGUGCGCCGCUUUGUUGAGCAGUUAUCUAGUGAUGUGGAGAAGGUACGCCUUGAGAAUGGGUCUGGCGGUGGUGAUUGCCUUCAUUUGGCACGGCGUAUGCAUGCACAGUCGUUGUGGCGGAAGGUGCAGGGCGAGCGCGUGAAGACACUCCGCGUUGUGAAUGCCUUUCGACGGGCCAAGGUGGAUGGUGACAUGCGGAACACUUUUUCAAGAAAUCUCUACUACCGCCUCCGUCAAGAGCACCAUUGA